AUUAAAUCAACAGACAGAGAAGUAAAACCCUAAAAAACCUCCUUGCAAGAACAAAUCCCUUUAGAAUCAAUCUCUGCCGUCACUCAUUUUGUCCAACGGUCCAGAUCCUUCCACUGCUCGUGCUUAUCACUCCCUCUCUUUCUCACUUCACUGUCUCCCUCCUCCUCUUGUCUCUCUUCUCUCCCUCUUUUUGUUUCUGUAAAAAUGGCUGAACCCAUUGUCGAUCAUCUAAGCUCCCUACUGGCAAUCCGAUCCUUAUCUUACUGAGCAAAUUCUAACCCAGUAGAACAAAAUCCAUUCUAACAAAAACCCAAAGCGUAAAUUUUUGUACUUUUUGUUUUUUGGUUGGGUGAAAAUUUUCAGCUAUGGGUUGGUAGUAUUUGAUCCCAAAAACCACUCUUUGAAGCUUUUUUAAACGUACCCAUCUGAUUUUGAACAUAUUUGAGCUAAUCCCCAGCUCAAAAUUUCAAUCUUGAGGCGGUUUCAUUGAUUUAUUUUUGUUUUGAUAUAUGAUAUGGUUACCGAUACUUAUACGAAGAUGAUGUCCGAGAUUUCGAUGCGAUCGAUGCUCAAAAACUCCGAUUAUGGGGAGGAUUUGAGCAUGUUGAUCAGGGAGCAGAGGAGGCAGCAAGAAGCGAGCGAGAGAGAAAAGGAACUCAACCUGUAUCGAAGUGGGUCGGCUCCUCCCACAGUUGAAGGUUCUUUGAACGCUGUUGGGGGGUUGUUCGAUGCCUCUAUGCUUUCGGGUUUCAAGAAAGAUGGUGGGAAAGGGUUCGUGACAGAAGAGGAGCUUCGUUCGGAUCCCGUUUAUGUGAAUUAUUACUAUUCCAAUGUAAAUCUCAACCCGCGGCUUCCUCCUCCGCUGCUUUCCAAGGAAGACUGGCGUUUUGCACAGCGAUUGCAAGGUGGUGGUGGUGGCGGCGGUGGCGGUGGCAGUUCGGCGGUGGGAGGCAUUGGGGAUAGGAGGAAGGUUGGUAAAAGUAGUGGUGAAGGUGGGAAUGCAAAUAGGUCGCUUUUUUCGGUGCAACCGGGGGUUACAGGGAAGGAGGAAACUGAAGUGGAGUCAAGGAAAGGUGCAGCUGAGUGGGGCGUUGAUGGGUUGAUUGGGUUACCUGGGUUGGGACUUGGGAGGCAGAAGAGUAUUGCUGAGAUCAUUCAGGAUGAUAUGAGUCAUGCAAAGUCUGUCUCAAGGCAUCCUUCUCGUCCAGCCAGUCGCAAUGCAUUUGAGGAUGGUCUUGAAUCUUCAGAAGCGCAGUUUGCUCAUCUGCAUCAUGAUUUGGGAUCUAUUGAUGCUUUGCGCUCUAGUGGAAAUAAGCAGGGUAUGCCUGCUGCCCAAAGCAUUGGUGCAUCAGCUUCUCAUACUUAUGCAUCUGCAUUAGGUGCUUCCCUGUCAAGAAGCACCACACCUGACCCUCAGCUUGUAGCUAGGGCUCCCAGUCCUCGCAUUCCACCUGUUGGAGGAGGGAGGGCUACCUCUAUGGAAAGAAGAAGUGUUGGUAGUCAAAACUCAUUCAAUGGUGUCUCACCUAAUAUUGGUGAAUCUGAAGAUCUGGUAGCUGCUUUAUCUGGUAUGAAUCUGUCAACAAAUGGAAUGAUAGAUGAAGAGAACCAAGCACGCUCUCAAAUUCAAAAUGAGAUUGAUAACAGCCAUAACCUCUUCAAUUUGCAAGGUGAUCAAAAUCAUAUCAAUAAGAAUUCAUAUUUAAACAAGUCUGAGUCAGGGCAUUAUCACAUGCAUUCUUUUCCCCAGUCAGCUAAAGGCUCUUACCAAAAUAUGGGUAAAAGCAGUGGGGUUGGGAUGGAACUGAACAACUCUUCCUUGAUGUUUGAUGAACAAGUGGAACUUCACAAAUCUGUUGUCUCUUCUGCUAACUCAUACUUGAAGGGACCCUCUACUCCAACUCUUAAUGGCAGAGGAAGCUCGACCGCCCACUAUCAAAAUGUAGAAAAUACUAAUUCUUCAUUUUCAAGCUAUGGUCUAGGUGGGUAUGGUGUUAGUCCUCCAUCUCCAUCUGUGAUGGGAAGUCCGCUCGGGAGCGGUAGUUUACCACCCUUAUUUGAAAAUGCUGCUGCUGCUGCAUCUGUAAUGGGUGGUGUGGACUCUGGAGCAUUUGGAGGAGGCUUGGCUUUAGGCCCUAAUAUGUUGGCUGUAGCAGCUGAACUGCAGAAUAUGGGCAGAGUGGGAAAUCACGGUGCAGGGAAUGCUCUUCAGGUGCCACUGAUGGACCCAUUGUAUAUGCAGUACUUGAGAUCAAAUGAGUAUGCUGCUAGUCUUAAUGACCCCACAAUGGAAAGGGAAGGCAUGGGUAAUACGUAUAUGGAUUUAUUUGAACUCCAGAAAGCUUAUCUUGGCACAUUACUUUCCCCUCAGAAAUCACAAUUUGGUGUUCCUUAUAUUGGUAAGUCUGGGAGCAUGAAUCAUGGUUAUUAUGGAAAUCCAGCAUUUGGUCUUGGGAUGUCCUAUCCUGGAAGCCCAUUGGGUGGUCCCCUUCUUCCGAACUUGUCUGUUGCAUCAGGUAGUCCUGUUAGGCACAGUGAACGCAAUUUGCGCUUUUCUUCUGGAAUGAGGAACUUGUCGGGAGGCCUUAUGGGAGGUUGGCACUCAGAAGCUGGUGGAAACUUGGAUGAAAGUUUUCCCUCCUCUUUGCUAGAUGAAUUCAAAAGCAAUAAAACUAAAUGUUUUGAACUCUCAGAAAUUGCUGGCCAUGUUGUUGAGUUCAGUGCUGAUCAAUAUGGGAGUCGUUUUAUUCAACAAAAGCUUGAAACUGCCACAACAGAAGAGAAGAACAUGGUUUUCAAUGAAAUUAUGCCCCAGGCCCUUUCUCUAAUGACUGAUGUGUUUGGUAAUUAUGUAAUCCAAAAGUUUUUUGAGCAUGGAACUGCAUCCCAAAUAAGAGAAUUGGCUGACCAGCUCACUGGGCAUGUGCUGACUCUUAGCCUUCAAAUGUAUGGCUGCCGAGUGAUCCAGAAGGCUAUAGAAGUUGUCGAUCUGGACCAGCAGACUAAAAUGGUUGCUGAACUAGAUGGUCAUAUUAUGCGCUGCGUACGUGAUCAAAAUGGGAAUCAUGUCAUCCAGAAGUGUAUUGAAUGUGUGCCUGAAGAUGCCAUCCAGUUUAUUGUUUCAACUUUUUAUGAUCAAGUUGUUACGCUGUCAACUCAUCCAUAUGGCUGUCGUGUCAUACAGAGAGUCUUGGAGCACUGUCAUGACCCCAAAACGCAGCAUAUAAUGAUGGAUGAGAUUUUGCUGUCUGUUUGCAUGUUAGCACAAGACCAGUAUGGAAAUUAUGUCGUUCAGCAUGUGCUGGAGCAUGGAAAGCCACACGAACGUACAGCUAUAAUUAAGAAAUUAACUGGGCAGAUUGUUCAAAUGAGCCAGCAGAAAUUUGCCUCAAAUGUCAUAGAAAAAUGUUUAACUUUUGGAACUCCUAUUGAACGCCAGACCCUUGUGAAUGAGAUGCUUGGUUCUACUGAUGAAAAUGAGCCCCUUCAGGUGAUGAUGAAGGAUCAGUUCGCAAAUUAUGUUGUACAGAAAGUGCUGGAAACUUGUGAUGAUCAGCAACUUGAACUAAUCCUUAAUCGCAUAAAGGUUCAUCUGAAUGCUUUAAAGAAGUAUACUUACGGGAAGCAUAUAGUUGCACGUGUAGAAAAACUUGUUGCUGCUGGGGAGAGGAGGAUUAGCAUUCUGACGCCACAUGCUACUGCAUAGAUGGCAUAGGGAGCGGAGUUAUUGUACAGCUAACUGAGAAUAGUAUGAGUGCCUCUCUCUUUCCUUCUUUCUUUAUGUGUAGUAAAAAAGCUACAUCCAUUUUCAGAUGGAUGUAAGCUGAUUGAAAAUAAAAUUUGAUGGUUGUACUUAAAACUGUACAUUGUUAGUUUGAGGAUAUACCUAGAGUCAGGCUAGUUGCGGCUCAGAUGGUGAACACACCUGAUGCCUUUGCAGAGGAGAUAAAAAAAUAUUAGUGUACAAGUUUUAAGGGUGUAAAAAAAAGGGAGGAGGUAGUGAAAUAUGUGAAGGUGACUGUACAAAAAAUGUUACCAGGUUGAGAAAAGCCUGUUUGUUGCGGAGAGUCCAGAAUUUUUCUUCUUUAUGGGAUUUAUUUAUUUCCUAAUUUAAGAAACUCUUUUUCUUCUGCAA